UCAUGUAUGCAUAUCAUUUCAUAUAUGAAAAGACGUAUGGUCAGGAGACGUGAAAUUGGUAAGAACGUAUUUCGUCGAGCUUUUUUUUUCUGAACGAGCUUCGUGAAAAAAAAUACGCGAGUUACGUAUAUCUGAUUGAAAAGUAUCCGGGACAGAGUCUCGCGAAUGAUUUGAGAACGUACAUUUUUUCUACUCACGGGAAAAAAAAAGAAAAAGGAAAAAAAAAGACUUUAACGACUUUCCCACUGAUUAGGUACGUUUAAAACGAAAGUCACGCGUAGCAACGAUUCCGUAGGGUGAUUGCAGAUCGAUAUUCAUGUGACAUAUGUGUACGUCUAUUAGGCACACAAGUUAUUGUAGAUAUAUGUAUUUCUCUAUGUACCGCACACUUGUCUAAUAACGUUUGCUUUGUGUUAUAACGUUUUGUAGAUGACAGAAUAUACAUAAAAUUGCGAACUUGCUCGUUUACAGGCAUUUACCCGACGUGUCUAUUUUGAAGUACAUAUAAUGUGGGUACAUGUGCAGGAAACGCUGUACAUGUGAGGGGUGCAGCGCGGGAUAUUGUGCGGUGAAGAAUUACCCCUCAAACCUCGACUGGCACGCGAAGUCAAACACAGGAAUAUAAUAUAAUCGAGCGACAAAGCUCGCAGUUCUCCAAGGUGGUAAUCUAUAUAACGUUUUCGUACGUCGGAAAAUUGAAAAAAAAAAGUGCGCGAGGGAAAAAAAAACUAUUUUCACGAGUUGAAAUCUCAAACGAUAGUCAGGUACGUACGUUGAUGAUGGAAAUUGACUUGAAAUGUCCGUUACAUCGACGUUGCCAUAAAUCGCGUUAUUAUUAUGAUGUAAAGAGUUGGAAGGCUUGUGUAUGGAAUCAAUUGUUAUGUGCAUAACCAACAGCAAUAAAACCGUCUAUACAUUUUAUCGUAUAAACUCACGGUUUUCGAGGUGAAAUUAAGUUAACGUCAGAAAUUUCGUGGGCGGAGUAAAUUCAACGUAAAUACAAUAACAAAAUUUCACUCGACUCAGACUGCAAAGCAGAUUCCCCAUCCCGUAACAUUCGCGAACUUCACCUCCAGGCCGAUUGUUUAAUUCGGUAACGCCAAAAAAAUAUAUCAAGGAAAAGCCAAAAGGGUGACAUUCCUUCGUCUAAAUAUAUCCAUCGAAUUAAUGAACAUCCGACAUUUUUUGAAUUGCUUGAGCUUGAGCUUUUUCGCUUAUUUUUGAAUACUUUCAUUCUCUUUUUCUUUCUGUCAAACGUACAAACAUAGGGACGUAAAGCUUGAAAUGUUUUUUGCAAUCGAUUUUCACUUUCUUUCGAUUUUGAUUUUGAUUGUUUCCUUUUCUCUAACAUUUGUGCGUACCGCAUGUAUACCCGUAAAUAACUUGCGUGCGACUAAAAGCUUAAUGAGAGGAUACGGUGUACAUACGCGUGCGUGUGUACAUAAGUCUAGUUCCGGUAGAAUUUUUGACGCGAGGAUUUUCGGGCUGUGGGGAGAAAACGGGGUUGAAAUAUUCAGUGGAGGAAAGGUUUCGCCGUGAGAAGCGAGAGCGAAUAAGAGCCUGCAGGGGAGGAAGUAUGAUAUUUGCGAGCUUAACGGCAUGAAGUUGUCUAAAUUUUCAUCGUCAAACCGUGAAACGAUAAUGUAAUCAUUUCUUAUUUAUUUCUUCAAAAAAUCCUCUUCGACUUCUCAUUAUUACACUUAUUUUACAACUCGUCAAUUUUUCACUCCCCGAAAUUCCACGACUUGGUGAUUUCAGCGCGGGAUGUAACGAAAAACCGGCUAAAAAAGGGUUGAAAAAUUUCGACGAAAGAUUAUCGCGCGCCAUGAAAAGCAUCAGCGAAACCGUCGAUCUGCCCGAAGUCAACGGUUGGAUCCGCUCGAGGAGCAAUCGGAAUUCGAAAUCUGCUGCGUUUCUCGAACAAUUGAAAUUGUACUGCGAAAAUUCUAGCCUGAACGGCUGCAAGUAUUUCACGGAGCCGGGACGCCACUGGGCCGAAAGAAUCGUCUGGGUGAUUAUCUACGCCUUUAUGAUAUGCGGUGUGGCUUACGUUGUUCUCGACGUUUACGGUGAGUACAGAAGAUCGCCGAUCAUCGCAACCGAGGACAAAGAUCAGUACCCAACUACCAAAAUUGCGUUUCCCGGUGGGUAUCCGAAAUUUGAAAAAUAUUCUUCAUUUUUUUAGUUUUCCAUUCUUAUUCUCUUCGAAAUCGAGACCUCGAUUCGACGCGAUUUUUGAGAUUUUAAAAUCAAUCGAAUUUUGAUUUCCUUUAUCAAAACGGUAAAUCUACAGUCCGAACAUAGCGAGGUGGUAAUAAACAACCGUUAUUUUACCCGACAGCCACGCGGAGCCGUUGAUUAACCACAUUUGUGAUUUUUAAUUGAUGUUCUAUCGGAACCGCGAACUCUGUUUUCAAUUCUGAAUAAUCGCGGUCCGUUUGAAAAACUCGUAGCGAACGCACCCGAAUUUUCGUCGCUUGGUUGAGCUUGGUUAGCGAGUUAUUUGACGUGCACCGACACUACAAUGCCUGCUAGUAAUGAAUCAAAAUUUCAGCACUCGCUCUCUGCACGCUGAACCGAAUAAGCUACAAUUCUGCGACUGUGUUGGCCAAAUCCAUUCACGAAGCCGAGAUUCGGAAAUCGAAGAGUUAUCAAGAAAUUUUGGAACUCCUCAGAUACCUCGGCCACCUCUACGAUUACACGCACGAGUCUUUCGAAACGGAACACGACUCGCUUCAUAAAAUGCUGCUGGAAUUUUACGACGGCCCAUACGAUCUCAACGAAAUCAUGAAGAAUUUAACGCCUCGUUGUCAGGACGUGAUACUGAGCUGUACUUACGCCGGACGAGAAGUGACGUGUUCCGAUAUUUUCACGCUUCGUAAAACUCAAGACGGUUACUGCUGCACUUUCAAUUACGUGCGACAGAGCGACGAGUUCAUACCGGCCAGCGGUUACAACAGUACGGGUUACAAAAGUAAAGUACUGCGUCCCAAUGGACCGGGAGUUUCCAACGGUCUGAGUAUCUUGAUCGAACCGUUGCUCGACGAUUAUUUUUACACGAUACCCAGCGGUCGGGGUUGGAAGAUAAUAAUAUUCGACUCGGAAGAUUAUCCGGACAAUCCGAGCGGCAGCGUGAUAGAGCAAAUGAUAUCGCCGUCCACCGAAACUUACCUCAGACUGGACGCGAUACUGUUCUGCACGCCCGACGAUAUAAUAAACUAUCCGGUGGAAAAAAGAAAAUGUAUAUUCAACACCGAAUUGCAAAAAUUAUUCACCGGAUACACGUACAGCGAUUGUAUAGUGAAUUGUCGAGUGGAGGAUAUAUGGAGGACGUGCAAUUGUCUGCCGUUUUUUUUCCCGAAAAGAGAUAUGAGGAGAACCUGCGAUAUGACGGACCUUCCGUGUCUCAACGCUAAUAAAUCAAAAUGGUGGGUCUUAUUUCCGCACGAAGUUCCCGAGGAUCGGUGGGACUCAGACGAAGGUUACCCGAAAGCUGCGACCUACGAAACGCUUUCCGGUCUCGACUGCAGCGAAUGUUAUCCGGCCUGCAACGACGUCCGUUAUUUCGUACGGAAUACCGUGACCUCCCUACAUCCCCGUGGAUUCCACGCGACAAAUUUGAUUUACAACGUGAGUCUAGCCGAGCACAGCGUUGUUCAUAUUUACUUCGGCACCGUCGGUAUACCAAGGUUGAAGCAAGACCUGAUUUACUACUGGUACGAGCUUUUGAGUAAUAUCGGUGGAAUUUGCGGUGUGUUCGUUGGAUUCAGUUUGAUAAGCGCGAUGGAGUUUCUGUUCUUCUUAUUACUAACGAUACUGCCGGCGAGCAAAUUUGGAAAAAGAAGAAAAAACCAGAAACGACCGGGAGAACGUCAUCGGCGAGAAAUUCAGCGCAAGGGUGAAAAUGGCGGAGACAAUCACGUGCCGAUUUAUUGGAGCGAAUUGGCCUGCUCGAACGGAGUAAAAAAAUGGAACGUUAAAAACCGAAGAAUCAACGAUCUGUUCAAUGUAACCGCGCCAAAAUAA